CAUAUUUUAGAUUUGUAUACGUGAUCAGAUCUCGCUUCUAAAAAUAACAUUCAUCUGCACAACAUCAGCCUUUAAAUUGGAUUUUUCUAUUCAAAAAAGGCGCAGGCACUAAUCAUUGCAAAAUAUUUUACUUGGUUUUCAGCCCAUUCAAGUGACAAUGGCAUCUAACGAACAUGAAUAUGAAUACUUCGGGUCAGACAUGGCAGAAGAUGAUAUACAAAUUGAAAGUCAAAUGGGAAAUAUGUCACUCGGAAAUCAAACAAGCAGGUCGAAGCUUUUUGAUAUACCGCAACGAUUGAUUUAUACGGAUGAAGAAGGACUGUUGCAGUUAGAUGGCGAUGUGUUGUCUCAACUUUCACAAAUUAACAUGAAAAUCAAUGUUGUCGGUGUCUGUGGUUUGUAUAGAACUGGAAAAUCCUAUUUAAUGAACUGGGUUGCAGGUGAGAAAACAGGGUUUAAUCUUGGCGAUACAAUUCAUUCAGAGACAAAAGGGAUAUGGAUCUGGUGCAGACCUCAUCCAACGCAAUGGGACCAAGUGUUAGUUUUGUUAGACACAGAGGGGUUAGAUGAUCCUGAAAAGGGAGAUCCCGAACAUGACAGUAAUAUGUUUUGUCUUACACUUUUGAUGAGCAGUACACUUAUCAUAAAUGUAAAGUCUGUGUUCGACUACUCAACCCUGGACAAGUUAGCUUUCAUAGCUUCACUAUCCGACACGAUAAAAAUUUUAGAUGAUGAAGCGGAAGACAAACAUAAUGCCAAAACAAUCCAAGUUGCUUCUCCCACUCUGAUUAUGUGCAUCAGAGAUUUUUUCUUGAAAAAUACAAAGGAUGGAAAAGUCCAAACUGCCACUGAGUACCUUGAAUAUAACCUUAAAUCAGUACAAGUGUCUACCUUAUCAAAGAAACAACAGGAAAAACAAGAGAAAUUCAACACCAUUAAAGAAUAUAUCAAGGAUUAUUUUCCAAAGAGAAAAUGUUUUACGAUUGCACAACCAGCUUUGGGAGAGAAUCUUCAGAAAAUCGAGGAAUUAGAUGAAACAUCCUUAGAGAAGAGUUUUGUCGAAAACAUCAAAGCAUUGCAAAGUUACGUUUAUAACAGAAAACCAAAAUACAUUUGCAACGCAAGCAAGAAACCAUUAGAUGGAUCAGGUAUGUAUGCUUUGUUUAUAGAUAUAAAUGAGAAACGAAAUGAUAUUUAAAGAUUCUAAUGAAGUAAUAUUAAUUGCCAAAACAGCUAUGCUUGGAAUUUUUUGCGAUUUUUUAUUGUCAGAAUUAUUGUGACACUCUGAAAAAGGACAGUCUACGAGAGCGACAAAAACUUGACAAAAAAUUGCUCCUCGGGGA